AUGUCUGACUCCUUCAACACUUAUGAGAGUGACUUCCAACUUGCUUUGCAAGAGGCAAAGACAAAGAUAUCUCAAGUAGAAUCAGUACAAGGAGAACAACGUCAAAGUUAUCUCAAAGCGAUUGAAGCAGCCACUGAUGAAGCAUUGGAGGCACUUGAUCAGAUGGGCAUUGAAGUGCAAAACUUGCCAACAACACAACGAUCAUCUUACAAUACGAAAAUCCGUCAAUACAAGUCACAAAUAGAUGAAGCUAAGGCCAAGUACAAGAAACUCAGUGAUUCUCAAGACAGACACGAACUAUUUGGAUCAAGGUACCGUGAUGAAGAUGGAGGUGCAGGUGGCUUGAAUGGAGUAUCCGAUUCGCAACGUAAACAAUUACUCAAUAAUCAAUCCUCAUUGGAGCGGUCCUCGCAGCGAUUGCAAGAUAGUCAGCGGAUCGCAUUGGAGACGGAGAGUAUUGGCGGCAAUAUCUUGAAUGAUUUGCGGUCGCAACGUGAACAAAUUGGUGGCGCUAGGAAUACAUUGAUGCAAGCUGAUACAUAUGUUGACCGAAGUAUUCAGACUUUGAAAAAACUCCACAUCACCUUCAUCACAAAAGACGGUCAGCAAUACACUUAUGAAGUGGCUGAAGGGGACAAUAUUCUAGAUAUAGCACAAGCCCACAAUUUGGACAUGGAAGGUGCAUGUGGUGGAUCGUGUGCAUGUUCGACAUGCCAUGUUAUUGUUGAUCCGGAAUUCUACGACGAGAUACCUGAGCCUAGUGAUGAUGAAAAUGAUAUGUUGGAUUUGGCGUUUGGGUUGACGGAGACUUCAAGGUUGGGGUGCCAGGUUAAAAUGUCGAAGGAGUUGGAUGGAAUUAGGGUUGCCUUGCCGGCAAUGACGAGGAAUUUACAAAAUAAAGAUUUCAAUUAA